AUGCGCGUCCCCGUCCUCGCCCCCACGCUCCUUUUCCCUUCGGUCAUGGCGGUGACGCUGACCAACUUGACCGUCGACGACACGGACCUGAACUACUUCUGGUGGAGCGAUGCUGUCGCCAAUACGCCAGCGUGGACUGCGAUAACGCCGGAAACGCCCUGUAAUUUCUGCUCCGCGCAGCCUCAACCGAAAAGCAUCCACAACAGAACGUGGCAUGACGGGACACAGGGUGGCGUAGGGCAGUUAACUUUCAUUGGCACUGCCGCGUGGAUAUACGGGAUCGACCUAGCCAACGGCGGGAAUAUAUCGUUCAGCGUCUCUGGCGUCAACAAAACGGACUCCCAUUAUUACAACGGAGACGAACAGUUUGUAUUCAACUCCCUGUUGUUUUCCGUCACGGAUUUGCCCACCGACCCCGACGGGAACCCCAGAAAUCAUACUAUCUCGUGGCUUGUGGAAAAGAGUAGUCGCAAUGGGACGACAGCGUUGUUUGACUAUGCGGUGAUCAGAGUCGCGGCGCAAAUGCCAUCUAACUCUUCUAGCUCAACAACUCCCGACUCCGGGCAUUCGAAACCCAAUGCUGGGGCUAUUGCAGGCGGUGUCAUUGGAGGAUUAUUUGGCGUCCUCCUAGCUAUAUUGGCGCUCUUCUUCUGCAGGCGGCGACAACAGGCAUUGACGCGAGAUAUGCCGAGCAAGGAAGAUGUCCGGCCCUACGUCGAUGAGCCUAGCGAGCUUGGAGCUCCGAGCGUCUCGCUCGCAGCGAGAACCAGGCCACUCUCCACCCCCACACAAGGAUCUUCCACGUUCGCUGGAAGCUCAUUUCUCUCUGCUGCCACUAUAGGGAAAUCAGCGCUGCCGGGAACCGUAGGCAGGACCAAAAUGUUCGAUACGAGCUCUACGUCGCCUUCGGAAUCCCUGCCUUCAACUUUCGUCGCUUCGGCAUCUACUAGUACUUCCGCCAACGUGACGCCUUCGACACCAACGGCCCCGCCCUCAGCCUUAAGCUUCCUAAUAUCGCCGACUGACGAGGGCGAUCAUGAGCGGCGGACGAUCGCGCCAACAGUUGUGUCCGCUCGGGAGCAGUUCCUGGAGCAGAGACUCGCGGUCUUGGAGGAACAUGUUAGAGAGUUGAACAGCGCCCAGCCUCCUCCGGCGUAUGAGAACCAAAGUAGUCCAAGUUCUGCUUAG